AAUUUAAAAGAAAAAUUGCUGAAUGACAAAAUGGAAUCCAGGAACUUGGCAAUAGGGAUAGUCCUUUCACUUCAGAGUGCACUAGGAAUUCUGGGAAACUUAUCUCUUCUUUUCCAUUAUCUACGUCUUUACUACAAUGAAGGCACGUUAAAGACCAUAGACUUCAUCCUUAUGCACGUGUUCAAAGCCAACUCUUUGAUCAUCUUCUCCAAAGGAAUGCUACAUAUAAUGGGAGCUUUUGAGUGGAGUCAGUUCUUUAAUGAUAUUGCGUGCAAACUUAUUUUAUAUAUUCUCAGACUUGGCAGGAGUAUGUCUAUCAAUACCACCUGUGUCUUGAGUGUUUUCCAGGCUAUCGCCAUCAGCCCCAGGAACUCCUAUUGGAAAAAUAUCAUAGUCAGAACUCCAAGUUUUAUGGGUUAUUUAAUCUCCUUCUGCUGGAUUCUACACAUUAUGAUGAAUAUAAUUUUCCCAGUAUAUCCCUACACCACGAGGCAUAACCAAACCUUUACACAAACAAGAAAUUCUGAUUUUUGUUCCUCCUUUCUAGGUCGUGAUAAUAUAGCAGAAUUACUGUAUAUGGCAUUUUGGGUCUUACCUGAAGUCUUACUUUCUGUGCUUCUGGUCAUCUCCAGCAGCUUCAUGAUUGUCAUGCUGUAUAGACACAAGAAGCGUGUUCAACACAUUCAUAGCUCUCAUUCCCUCCCUAGAACCUCCCCUGAGUCUAGAGCCACCCAGAAUAUUCUAGUUCUUGUGUGCUUAUUUCUGUCUUUUUAUACCCUCUCUUCUGUCUUACAAGGCUGCAUUGCUCUUUCACAUAAUCCUAGUUGGUGGCUAGUGAAUGCCACAGCUAUCAUUUCUAUGUGUUUUCCUACUUUGGGCCCCUUUCUCAUGAUCCAUAAUAUCACUGUUUUCAGAUUCUGUUUAAGGAAUAUAAAAGUACUAUAA